AUGCUCGACGACGGCGAGGAUGCUGAGCUCCAGAACCCGUUCCCCGCACCGCCAGCGCACUAUGUCCGCUACACUACCCACAACCUGAAGUUGCUCGCCCUCAUGAGGGAGCGUGCUCAGGCGGAGGACGCUGCAGACGUCGCGAAGCCUGCGGAUGGCGCCCUUGUACCCCCUCUCGAAGAUCCGACGCAGGCUGUGGCAGCGCAGUCAAAGCUACUGUCAGACCAGCAGGACCUCCCGGACUUUCCGCUCUAUCAGCUCGAGAAGCCGCGCGUAGACUGGAUAGAAGAAGACAAUACUUUCACGGUGUUCGGCGAGACAUGGCCUAUUAAGAACACCAAGAUUAUGUCGUUGGCGGAAGCAGGCAUCGCCCAACUGUUCCCAGACGAUCCCAGUGAAGACCGCCGCCCCGCCAUGCUCUCCAUUCUACGUUCCCUACUUGUACAGUACUCCCGCCUCACCAAGGCUGUCACUAUUCCUCCUCCACGCGAUCUCCCUCCAGGCGCGUCAUCCGAAUCGCAGGAGAUGAUCAGCUGGAUGAAGGUCCUCACCCAGAAUCUCAUGGCCACUGCGAACGAGCUUCGACCUGUUCAGGCUCGCUGGAACCUCGAACUAAUGAUGAAGCGACAAGUAGAAUUGCGUAGAGAGGAAACUGCUGCUAUACACACCAAAUGCGACGAGAUUGAGGCGCGCCUAGCAGCACUGCGAGAAGCAACCCAGAAUUUACAUACGCAGUCAGCAGCGCAGCAGUCACCUACAGCCGGGUCGGCACCUUCGAGCGCGGUCACGGGCAGCAUCAGUGCAGAAUCAGUACUUCGUUGGGCUGAGGAGGUUUGA